GUGUGUGUGUGUGUGUGGCGUCGUUUGAUCUCUGUUGUGGACUUGUGGGGUGACUUUCAUCCUGCCUGCCAUGUUGUUGCGGCGCCAUUAGCUCAGUCAGUCAGCCAGUCGGUCGGUCGGUCAAUCACUCAUUCAAUCAGUUAGUUGGUCAGUCAGUCAGUCAGUCAGUCAGUCAGUCAGUCAGUCAGUCAGUAAGUAAGUUCGCCUAUCAGUCAGUCUUUUAGUCGGUCAGUCAGUGAGUCAGUUCGCCAUUAAGUUUGUGGAAGUAGAUGAAAUGAUAUAAUCAACAUAGAUACAUAGAUACAUACAUACAUAGUAGUGUCUGCAGCUUCCCUCUUUCCCUGGAUGUGGGAGAUGAUGUUAUCUGAGAAUCAGGAAGGAAAAUUCUUAAUAAUUACAAGAAAAAAGCUAUUAAGUUUAUAUAAGGACAAACCAGGAAGGAAAAAAAAAAAUUAAUAACGCGAAAUAAAAAUAAAAAAAAAUAAAAAGGUAAAUUAAAUAAAGCAUUGAAAAGAGGAAAUGUGUAAAUUAUGUAAGAAAAAGAGAAAAAGAUACAAUAAUGUAAAAAUACAUGUUAAGAAAAUAGUAAAGCACCAUAAAAAGGGGUGGGGGAAACAUAAUUAAAGCGAAAUAGAAAGGAAUUAUAGUAAAGAAGAAAUGUGUAACCAAAGUAAAAGGAAACAGGAAAAUAAUAAUGAAAUGAAAGAUCUACGGAAAGCAGGGAGAAGACGAAGAUAAAAAGGAAGAGGAGGAGGAGGAGGAGGGAGAAAAGAAAAAAGAAAGCGAACAAGAAAGAACAAAAAGAACAAAAAAAAGAAGGAAAACCAUCACAAAAAAAAGGAGGAAAGAUAAAAAUAACCCCAAAAACGAAGAAGAAGAAGAAGGCGAUCUGAGUCUCUUUUACCAUAACAGUUCCCGUGGGAGGCGUUGCUCUCUCUGCCUUCCUCCCUGGCCACUGCGCCCUUCACAACACGCGGGGGACAUCCAGGCGUGUUCGUACCUAUCCAGAAGCUCAAAAACAUGUACCCUAGUGGUUUAAUACGUUCUACAGCCUCUUUGAGAUUCAGGGGCCGUGGGUACCAGAGAUUUUUUGAAUAGUAAUACCGUGGUCUGAGGGAGGAUCAAGAUGGCGGGACAAGGGCUUCAAGAGAGAGUAAAUCCGCGUGUUUUGAGAUCAGAAGUCGUGGUUUUUUGAGAUGAGUGAUCCUAAAAUGAAUGGGUGAACGAAGAAAACUAAGCUUGACUAAAAUGAAAUAGGAUGAAAUAAGAAAAAAUAAAAUAAAUAAAAUAUAAUAAGAUUAAAUAAGGAAUGAUAGUAAUAGUGGUGGUGGUGAUAAUAAUAAUAAUAAUAAUAAUAAUAAUAAUAAUAAUAAUAAUGAAAGUAAAAUGUUUAAAACUAAGGAAAAAAGAUAUAUAACAAAAUAUACAUCAAUUCAUAAAUGUUUCAUCGCCUCGUAUGGAUUACUUCCAACAGCCUGCAGUCUAGUGGAAGUUAUUACGGCCUUCAUUUUAUUUAUUUACUUAUUUUUAUGAUUUUACCGAUCGUCCAGCAAACAUCCCGCACCGUUAAUGAGAAUGAAAACACUGGAAGCCCGACUAAUCAUCUCUUUGACCUUUGAAAGCUGCCCUAAUGAAAGCCCAAAGCGUUUAAGAUUACAAGCCACAGACUCAUGAAGUAGAGGUUUCAGUCUCGCCACCUCCACAACAGUAAAGUAGAACACCAUUUUGUUGAGACACAGACACGGUUCACCAGAUUACAAGCCACACAAGUCAGUAAUAAGUGGAGAUCUGAGCUUCGCCUCCAUCACUAGAGAAAUGGGAUGAGAUUUUUAUAGAUACACAGACGCAAUUCACUAGUUAAAUGCCUACGUUCGUUAUGUCGAUUCUGAUUUUAUAGACACACAUAAACACACAUACACACAGUCGUUCAUUUCACAUUUAAAUACCUGCGUUCGCAAUUAAUGAUCUUACCUGUAGCUAUACCUAUUACCCGUUGAUCCCCUGGCACGCUGAACACAUCUGUCUGCUGUUGUUGCGACUUGUACAGUGUCGGGCGGGUUCCCAUUAUUCAUUGUACGUACUUCCUCAUAAAGUCAGAAGGUUCAUUGGCUCCCUGGCUGCAAUGUAGUCGGUGCCAGUGGAUUGAUGUAUCGAGGCAUGAUUUGUUCCUUCUCCUCCUCGUAGUUAUGGUGGGAGUUUGUAUAAGUUUGUAUUAAGCUGAAGAGACGUCACUGCAAUAAGAAGAUUAAGACUUUGACAUGUGGAAAAUAUGUUGUUUUGCACCGUUUUUUUUUUUUUUUUUUUGGGGGGGGGGAGGGAGAGCGAGGAGAGAACGUUCUUUAAUGAUUGGAUUUUUCUGAGUUGGAAAUUUGAGUUAUUGGAACCGUGUUUUGAAUUCCCGGAACGUGUUUUAAAGUACUGGCGCUUGUUUUGCACUGAAAUCCGUUUUAGAAAUGAAUCCACCUUGAAUAAUUAUUGGAACUUGUCUUCAGUCACUGGCACGUACUUUACACAAGUUUGGUUUGAACUGGAAUAUCUCUUGAAUAAAACCCAAAAUUUGUUUUUAGUAUUAAUUAAUUCUGAAUCACUGAACCUCACUUUCCACUUUAAACCACCAGUUAAUCACACCUGUGGCUUCGUCCUCCCCGUCACCUGUUGAACUGAAUCUGUUUUGAAUAACCGGACGUUGCUUUUGAACCAGUAUUAGUUUUUCCCCACUGGACCUCGCUUUGCACUCUGAAUCACCACAAUCAAUCACACCUGUGGCUUCUUCCUCCCUUUCACCACACCUUCACCGACACUGCAUGAUUUGAAAAGAGCGAACCGUUCACGCCUCUUCCUCUCUUACCCUCCUUCCCUUACUGUCAACACACGUUCCUUUCAUAUCCUCGGUUAGUCUUCCCAAUAUUCAGCCUUGAAGGAGAAGCGUGAAAUAUGAACACUGCAAAGGCUUCCUCCCUCCCGUCUCCUCCCUGCCGAGUGUUUGCGAGUGUCAAGUGCAGAUAGGGUGUUUUGAAGCAUCGGAUCGCCUGUCACUCGGUUCGUUUCAUGCCUCAAGUUUUGCUUCGCUUGUUCUGCGCAGUGGUGUUGAGGGAUAUCUUUUGUGUGUGUGUGUGUGUGUGUGUGUGUGUGAUGGUAACCUAAUGUAUUCGUAACCUAAGCUAGGUAGAUCUAUCAUAUAUAUGACUAUGUAUGACAUCGUUUUAUUUAUGGAGUGUGGAGUGUGUUGGCGGGACGAGGUGAAAGAUAUAUGAACGUUAGCGUAGUGAAGCUCUCUCUCUCUCUCUCUCUCUCUCUCUCUCUCUCUCUCUCUCUCUCUCUCUCUCUCUCUCUCUCUCUCUCUCUCUCUCCUGCACCCAAGCAAUACCAAUCCAGCCAUUCAAAACGAGGAGGAAACGCAUCAACAAGUCUCAACGUGAACCAAGAAAACGGAUAGUUUUGCUCCUGCUGGCGAGACCAACACUCAUUCCUCCAGGCCCCGUAGAGUCGCUCCUCCAUACCCGGGGCCAGCCAGCCAGUGUCUACCUAGCUGUCGGCGCGGGAGGACGUGUGCGCGUGGCCAGAAAAUAUGUGUCAGAUGUGAAUAAAGACUGUGAACAUAAAAGAGUUGAAUAAAAGAACUGAAAAAAAGUAAUAAUAAUAAUCACAAGUGAACUUUUUACCGAUGGCGAAGAGAGGACAGUGAUAUGAAAUGGUGACAGUGGGCGGCAGGGCUUAGUGCCACGCAGCGACACGCCGCACCCGUGUCGUCAUGCUCCAGUGUGGGCCGCGGCGCAGCAGCGAGGAGCGUGACCACCGUAUGCCGGUGGGGCAGUGGUAGUGGUGCCCCGGGCGGCAGAGGCAGAGCACCAUGCUGGCCUCCCGGAGACGCGGAUCUUGUGGUGGGGCUGGUGACCGUGGCCAGGCCCAGUAUUGUGGCGGGGGUGAGGACUGCUUGGGGGAUCGCCACACCCUGGAGGAACGAGCAGCAGGCGUCCUGGCCGCCCUGGUGGAAGGCGCCGUGGACGCCCCUAAAGAGUCUCACUCCCUCACGCCCAUCGCCUCAUACUUGCUCACGCUCAACUCCCGCCUCCUGACGACCAUCAUGACCGCGGUGAUGGCCAGCCGCCCCCGUUGGCUGCCCCUAGAAUACCAUUGGGCGCCCCUCGACCACGACCCGCUGCUGGGACUGCUGCGGCUGGUUGGGGGGCGUCUCACUGCCCUCACCUAUACCUGCCACCCGCUGUCCCGCGAGCCUCUUCUGCAGGCCUUGGCUGCCAUGCCUUCCCUCACCUCCCUCUCCCUGCCGGAGACCGCCGACAAUAACGUGCUGUCAGUGGUGGGUGCCGCCUGCCCCUUCCUCGCCUCCCUUUGCGUGCGGGGCUCCAGGGCUGUUACUGACGAUGGUGUGCGUCGGCUGCUCCUCCGCCGCCACACUUACACUCGCUCCCGCUGGCGCCGUCUGUUCUCUCGCUGGCGAGCGCUGCGGGCCUCUUUCACUCGCCAGCAGGCCUGCUACCGCCCGCUGCCGCCGCCUGUCUUCAGUGACCAGGCCCUGCUGCCUCCCCUCGAUCCCGAUCAUCUCAAUCCCCUGAGUGCCACGCUGACCCUCCUGGACCUGGGAGGCACCAGGGUUACCGCGCAGGUGGCAGAGUGGGCCCGCAGCCUCCUGUCCCCCCAAGCCAGGGUGGAGGUGACCCACGCCCCCCGCGUCCUCCACUCCCAGGGCUCCUUUGAGGACCAAAUGGUCGGCCUCCUGGCGCCCCUCACACCAUAGGCCGCCCAUGCCGACCAUCCACAUCCUGUAUGAUUGCACAGCCUACACACACACACACACACACACACACACACACACACACACACACACACACACACACACACACACACACACACACACACACACACACACACACACACACACACACACACACA